AUGGCACACCGACACACAGAGCCAGAAGACAUACAAACCGCCCAUGACGCAGAUUUGUUUGAUCAAGAAGAGACAGACAGCACUAUGAGCGAUACCAAGGACUUUGUGGAUGCUGACUCGGAUCUCACUCAACCCUCAACCAGUGCCACAAUGCGAAUCGAUGACACAGAACAUUCUGACCACGUACCAGACGGCAAUUUCAUUCAACUUGUACCGGACGGCAGUCUCAUUCAACUUCCUUCGAUCAGCGCGAUGCGAGUCGACAAGAGGGAAAUGUGGGAUGCGCAGCAUGAGCAAGUGCCAUUCGGGAAGCGUCGGUACCAAGAAGUGGACUUUUCAAAGAUACUGCGUAAAACAGUAUACCAACAAGAAGAACGAGUAAAUGAAAUGAAGCGUAAAUUGCGUGCGAACAAAAAAGAUGAGGCUCAGGAACAACGACGUCUCGCUGAAGAAGACCGUGCACGCCACAUCCAUGAUGUCAACAACAUGAUUCAACAAUGGAAAGUGGCCCUAACAGAGCGAGAUACGCAACUGGCCAACAUUCAUAAGGAACUCGAGGCAGAAAGAGAGAGCGAGCUCGCCCAUAUGGAGAGACGAUUUGCAAGACGUGGUAGGCAACAGCAAGAGGACACGGAAAUGAAUGCAGAUCCCGCCCCUAGCAGCGCUCAGCAACCCAAGACGCCGCAAAAGCCCCUGGACGGAACACCAUGCCUCAAUGCAAUCAAACAGAUCAAGAAGACACGCGGAACAUCACACAGGACACGCCUAGUGUCACUGGUAGCGGAUCAGGAUGAUUCUGAAGGAUGUGCAGAAGACACACCCACCAUCGAGCGAGAGAUACCGCAAUCAAAACCGGGCGAUGCCUCCCCCAUGUCCAUGAUAGAGAGUUCAGUCUCCAAAUGCGUAGAAGCGGCAUUGAGACAAAUAUUCAUCGAUAAAGAAUUCCCAGUGACCACGAAGUGUAGUCCCCGAAGGAAAAAGUUAGAGGAUCAAGAAGGUGAAGUCCGGCGUGUCUUCAAGGACAAUUUCAAAAUCUCUCAAGACAGUGAUUUUAUAGUCCACCAGCCAGCUAGUCAUGAAGACGUGUACUCAUACCAACACGAAGAUGGACAGGGCCCCGACCCGCAAAACCUUGUAUUUGAUCUUGCAAACGGAUCGAGAACCCCCUGGAACGCUAAAAUUAUUGAUCUCCUGCUCAAGGAAUUGCAGAAGAGGUGUGCGCAAGAGGGGUGGCCAUUCCAGAGGUUGGAUAUGUACUACAAAGCGAUCUUGAAGGAAUGCUACAAGGGAGCAUUGGAGACUGCGGCGGAGGUGGAGGUUAGGUUAAACACAAAGAAAGACGAGACUCUCAAGGCGGUUCGUCAAUCAACACGUAGGCGAAAUAAAUAUGUCCGAAGAACGAAAGUUCUCAAAUAUCUCGUCGAGCUGAAGAGCGACCAAAAGCACGAGGACCUCGCGGCCUGGCAGUGGCUUCAAAGACUAGUCAAGAUUCUGGGAGACCAUGGAAUGAGCUCAGAAGAGAGUGACGUGGAGAACGAGUUCGAAGUUGUUUAUGAUUCACUUGAUUUUGAAGACGAACUUCCAGAUGAUGAGGGGUCUGCGUCAGAGGAGAGUAAUGAAAAUGAGGAGGAAGAUGACAAUAGCGAUAGCGACCAGUUGAAAGAUUAA